UGCAUCAUUUGCAGCAUCGUCUCUGACCCACGACAUCGAAACUCCUCUCCUCUCCCUACAACUCAUAUUUUCGCCUUCGUCGUCUGCUGUUGCUCUGGGUCGGAAAUCUCCAGAAAAUGAAGGUCUUGGCAACUACACUCGUCUUCGCCUCCGUCCUCGGGGCAACCCUCGGCGCCCCCCAAGGGUACACCUACGAGGCGCCCGCCGCCCCCGUGUCCUACUCCUUCGGCUACGACGUCAACGCCAUCGACGCCUACCAGAGGCCUGUGACGUUCGGGCACAGCGAGGGACGGGAAGGUCCUUCGACCUCGGGAUCCUACUACGUCCUCCUGCCCGACGGGCGCUUAAUGACGGUCAACUACGUCGCUGACCAGUACGGCUUCCAUCCCACCUACACCUUCCAGCAGUUGCACCAGGGCGGCCAGGCAGCGCUCGCAACUCCCAGCCAGCUGUAUGGAACACCAACUGGAAAGUAAAACAAAUAUUGGUAAUCAAUUGACUGCACCAUGGAUAUUCUUGACUUCACCUCAUCCAUGCCGGUUGUAUGUUCAAUGCCUGAUCAAGUUUCAUCUCCUCUAUAUCAGUCUCAAACACACCGCUUGCUUCAUAUCUCGAGCUCUCCUGGAAGACUGGAAGACAGGGGCAUUGCUGGAAACCAGGCAUUGCUUUCAAAAAGGCAGAGAGACCGCCAGUUCGCUCUGACUGUAACAGCUGAUGUGGAUUACUUCGAAGUUCCGCGUUGCAAACUAAAGCCGUUCUGGAAUUCCAUCAUUCCAGUCCUUCGUCGUUUCUGGAGGUGUUUGAGUUUCACCCUCAGCUUUCCAGGACUGCUCCGCUAAGUAAAUCACAAAACGCAAAAAAAAAAAGAAAGAAAAAAAAAACCGGCUGGAAGCGCCAAGCCAAUUCCAGGGACGCCUUUGACUCCACGUCUCAAGCUUUUCCAGCAGACUCGUCUGAGCUUCUCCCAUCCAUCACUCUCUGAUUUCUUCGUUAGACCCGUUCCAGUGAUAAGCUGGAAUGUGCAGCUUUAACAUGACUAUUCACCUUCUCGGUUCUCUGAGAGAUAUUUUCUCUCCCUCCAACUUCACCCUGUACAUUCUCGUUCCAGUUAAAGAGAUCAUUUCCUUCCUUCAUUCUUCUAUCUUUUUUUUUUUUGUUACUUUCUCUCUACCUCAGCUUCCACUUCAUCGUCUUAUCCAUCCUUUUGAUUCUCACAGUUUUAUCAUCCAGGUACUUUGUUGAGCUUGUUUUUUUUUUUUACUAUUUUAUAACUGUUGUUUUUACUGUUAAUUUUCAAAGUUUACGAUAUUUUUCUAAUGCGUGCUUAUAAAUAUAUCAAUGAAUAAAGAUUAAAUAAAA